AUGGUCAACGAGGAUACAUCUCAGCAUGUUGUGCGAGUGGCCCCCGAAGCGUGGAGUCCCCAUCUCCCUGGCAUGCGCCUUCGCCAAGUAGAAGUCCGGGGUGAAGCCAUAUGUUCUCUUUUGAUGAAGCUGCCUGAUGAUGCAUCGACUGCUGAGGUUGUCAUGGCCAUCUGUUCCUCUUGUACUAGUCCAACAGAACUAAACCAAGACCCCGGUGACUGGUGUAUCCAUGUUGAGGCAGCCGUUAAGAUACUCGAGCAAGAGCGAGCCAGGAACUCCCAGGGGGAGACUACCUGCGUUGCUGUGUCAUCAUCGACUGUGGUUGACCCUCGACCGACCGACCGAUAUUAUCGCGAAGAGGUUGGUGUUCACGAGUCCAACUAG